GGCGGAAGUUAUCAAUCGCAUAGCAUGCAACCAUUUUACCGAAAUGGCAACGAGGGAAAGAGACGUAGUAGAGAGCAUGAACGAAGAAAGAGAAGAGAUAGAGUGGCCGGAUGACGGGGAAUUACUGGAUAUGACCGGCCUUCAUUUAGUCGACGAGGGUCGGCCAUGUCCAGGCGAUGCUCAACCAGUCCAAGAGCAAGCGCAGCCAGCGCAAAGGCCAGAGGCACCCCCUGCAAACGAGGUGGCACCCCCCGCAAACGAGGUGGCACCCCCUGGAGAAGAGGCGGCUCCCCAAGCGGUUGGUGGCGCAGUGCCCGCCCCGGGAGCAGCAGAAGACAACCAGAAACCACCAAGGGGCAAGCGGGGCGGGCAGUGGUCGCAGUCCCGAAAACGGGAGGGCCUGGCCACCCGAAUGAUUAUGAAUUACGUAAAACUGACUCAUCCAUAUAAGGGUGGCCAGGGCCACAACAAGAAGGGGCGACGCGGUGGCCGCGGAGGACAAGGCGGCGGGGGGCAGAGUGAAGCGAACGCAAGCUAA